AAGUUGAAAUAGUUAGCUAAGUAGUAGAUAAAAUAUUUAAAUAGUUGCAUGAAUUAUAGUAAAAUAGUUACAUAUGACCAGAUAAAUGGUUGAAAUGGCCACAAGUAAUGUAUAAACAAAUAAAUAAUUAGCUGAAAUUGAUGGACAAACAGGUAAAAUAGCAAGCUAAAAGUAAUAGAUAAAUGGUAGCUGUAAUUAGCCAAAUGUAAUGGUUAAAUAGUUGAAAUAAUUAGCUAAUGGAUAGAUAGUUUAAAGAUGGAGUAAGAAUGCACACUUGGCUAAACCAAGCUUCAUACUGACAAUUCAGUUAUAACAUUACUUAACAUCCCCUUUAAAAUCGACUGAAAUGAAAACAUUUGUAACAUGAUGGUGGUACUUGAUAAGGAGUAGUUCGUCUGAUAGGGAUGUGGGGGUACAUCAGGCACAAAAGGUAGGAACCAAUGCCCUAGAAAAAUGGACUUAUGACGCAUGCAUGAAUCACCUCGCUGUGUCUCAAAUAGCCCUGUGAGGAAACCCCUUUCCUGUGCAGUCUAUUUCUUAAAGGGAAGUGAAGACUUGCUUGUACAGCACUUUGUUUUUCUUUUCAUGCAGACAUCAGUGUCAGCACAUACACUUGAAGCAUGAACUGUUCAACUAAGCUGUCUUCUUCAGAGGAAAUGGCUCCUGAGGAGUUUGACGGUGGGACAGCAGCAGCUUGUGUGAUCCUCGGCCUGUCUGCUCUAGUAGGAGUUCCGGGGAACCUGCUGGUGAUUUGGACUAUCCUGAGGCACGUGAAGCAGCGUUCCCACACUGUGGUGCUUAUCCUGCACCUGGCUGCUGCUGACCUGCUGGUCCUCAUCACCCUGCCUUUAUGGAUUUACUCCCUGGCCCGCUCCUGGGUGUUUGGAGAGGCCUCCUGCAAAGCCAUCGUGUUCAUGAUCAACGCCUGUAUGUAUAGCAGUGUUUUCCUUAUAACCCUCAUGAGUGUAGAACGCUUCGUGGCUGUGCGCUAUCCCUUUGCGUCAGCUUACUGGAAGAGGAAAAAGGCUUUGAAUAAAGUUCUGCUAGCUCUGUGGACUGCAGCAUUUUUGUUCAGCAUACCUGUCAUCCCAACUCAGAUUGUAGAUAAGGAUUCUACAGUGGAGCACUGUCUGUACCGGUAUUACACCUCUGUGACCCAGGAGCUGGUGUGUGUGCUGCUAGAGACACUGGUGGGCUACGUAUUACCCUUCUCCAUCCUCGUGGUCUGCUAUGGCUGCCUGUGCAGCCGGAUCACUCAGAUGUCCUUCAAGUCCAAACGCAAGUCCACAGUCCUGAUUGCUAGUGUAGUGGUCGUGUUUGCCAUUUGCUGGACUCCCCAUCAGGUAGGAAACAUCCUCUCAAUCAUCAUCCUGGCCACUGAAGACUCCUUCCCUGACGCAGCAAAAAAUAUGGAGAGUUUCAGGAGCACCAUAGUCUUCAUCGCUGGAGCUAUGGUCUUCAUCAGCAGCACCGUCAACCCCAUCCUCUACAUGUUUGCAGCUCGCUCCUUCAGGAGCUCCCUGCGUGACACCGGCAUCCAGAAGCUCUUCCGCCACAUCUCCAGCACCUCCCCAGGUGAGGGUAAUAGAGAGUUGUCCUUUGUGUCCAAGAGACAAAGCAAUCAGACCAACAGUUCUCAGUGUAUGACUGAGUCAAAAGAACAAAUGGACAUAUUAGUAAACAUGUGUGAAAAUAAUCCAUCCUGAUAUUGAAAAUGUGUGAAUUCUGUAUGUGCCGUGUGUCUCUGACAUGUGAUUACUGUAUGUAUUUGACACAUUUUGUAUGAAAUUACAACACAGAACAAGAAGACAGAGUUUAUCUGUGCCAUACUUGUCCAACUCUGUAAAUGACCCAUUUUAGGUUUGUUUUGUUUUAAUUGUUUAUCAAAUGGUGAACAUAUAUUUAUAAAUAUGUUAUAUAUUUGUACUGAGAUUUAUGCCAUAUAGUAAUUAUAAUAUAGUGCAAUCAAUAAUUGUGUAUGCCUCAAGUAUUUGUAAAAAUGCAAUACUUUUCCAUCAAAGUGAGAUUGUGUGAUUGAUUCUGUUUAAGAAUUAAAAAACAAAACAUGAUUGGACAGAA